ACAGGGCCUGGGACGGCGCCGGGACAUGCUGCCCCCGGAGCUGCGGGGGCUCGCUCUCGCGCUGCUACUGCUGCUGCCGCCCACGCAAUGUCCAGUCGCGGGCACCGCGCGCUUCGAUCCCACCUGGGAGUCCCUGGACCGCCGGCAGCUCCCCGCUUGGUUCGACCAGGCCAAGUUCGGCAUCUUCAUCCACUGGGGAGUGUUUUCCGUGCCCAGUUUCGGGAGCGAAUGGUUCUGGUGGUACUGGCAAAAGGAAAAGAUACAACAGUUUGUGGACUUUAUGAAAAAUAAUUACCCUCCUGGUUUCAAAUAUGAAGAUUUUGGGCCACUAUUUACAGCAAAGUUUUUUAAUGCGAAACAGUGGGCAGAUAUUUUUCAGGCUUCUGGUGCCAAAUACGUCGUCUUAACUUCCAAACAUCAUGAAGGCUUCACCUUGUGGGGCUCCAAGUACUCGUGGAACUGGAAUGCUGUGGAUGAGGGGCCGAUGAGGGACAUUGUCAAGGAACUCGAGGUAGCCAUUAGGACCAGCACUGGCCUGCGUUUUGGACUGUACUAUUCCCUUUUUGAGUGGUUUCAUCCGCUCUUUCUUGAUGAUCAAUCCAGCUCAUUCCAGAAGCGACAAUUUCCAGUGUCUAAGAUGCUGCCUGAGCUCUAUGAGUUGGUGAACAAGUACCGGCCCGAGGUCCUGUGGGCAGAUGGCGAUGGAGGAGCACCUGAUGGCUACUGGAACAGCACAGGUUUCUUAGCUUGGCUGUACAAUGAAAGCCCCGUUCGGGACACAGUGGUCACCAAUGACCGCUGGGGAGCUGGUAGUAUCUGUAAGCAUGGUGGCUACUAUACCUGCAGUGACCGCUAUAACCCAGGACAUCUUUUGCCACGUAAAUGGGAAAACUGCAUGACAAUAGACAAGCUUUCCUGGGGCUAUAGGAGGAAUGCUGGAAUCUGUGACUACCUUACAAUUGAAGAAUUGGUGAAGCAACUGGUGCAAACAGUUUCAUGUGGAGGAAAUCUUUUGAUGAAUAUUGGGCCCACCCAAGAUGGCACCAUUUCUCCAAUUUUUGAGGAGCGAUUAAGGCAAAUGGGGACCUGGCUAAAAGUCAACGGAGAAGCCAUUUACGAAACCAAUACUUGGAGAUCCCAGAAUGACACUCUCACCCCAGAUGUGUGGUACACAUCUAAACCUAAAGAAAAAUUGGUCUAUGCGAUGUUUCUCAAAUGGCCCACAUCAGGGCAGCUGAUUCUUGGCCAACCCAAAGCUACCCUGGGGUCAACAGAGGUUGAACUACUGGGACAUGGACAGCCACUUGAAUGGACCUCUUUGGAGGUCCAAAAUGGCAUCAUGGUAAAACUGCCACAUCUUACCUCUCAUCAGAUGCCCUGUAAAUGGGGCUGGGCUCUGGCACUAACUAAUGUGAUGUAAUGUGUGCAGCAGAGUGGUUCAUGCUGCAAUUACAUCUCAGACUACAAAAUAUCACGUUUCUAUAAUUGUAGCACACAGAGAAAACAAAUGUAAAACAGGUAAAGAAAAGUCAAGUAAUUAUUUAGGCAAUGCAGCCCUUUUCCUUCUUACUCCCUAAAUGUUUUCCUAAAUCACACAUGUAACUAUUUUAACUCUCCAGUGCACUUGUAAAGGGGUUCAGAACAGGCCUCCCCAAGAUGUGUCACUUUGACAUUGUGAAUUAUUUUGAGCUGAAAGUAAUCAAGAUCCUGUCGGCUCACGAGAAACUUUUACCUCUCCCUUAAAGAAUUUAAAUUUGGGGCCUUGCCCGUAACAAGAGUUAUCGCUAGAAAUAACUUUUUAUGCCCUGUCUAUAGGGCAGGGCAAACUUCUAAUUACUGAACAUCUGAUUUUCUUAUCGUCCUGUCCUGUGAAUGACCUUCCUCUCCUCUGAAGCCCCAGGGUACCUUACCUCAACCUUAGCUCAAAAUCCCACCUAAAUCUCAUUCUAACUUUCUGUCUUUGAACCUCUCAUAUAUGUGGGGUCUCUGACUCCCUCAUGUAUGUGAGGUUCCCACACAUACAUAUGUAAUUAAAUUUGAUUAUCUUCUUUUGUUUGUCUCAUGUUAAUUUGAUUAAACCAGCUGGAAGAACCUAGAAGGGUAGGGGAAAAUGUCUCCCUUCCCCACAUUUGCUAUUGAAAUCUCUUCACUUGAAUUUAAUUCCAUGUGUGAUUCAGAAGUGGAAAUUUUUGUUUUAGAGUAACUAGGAAUUGGUGGUGUUAAGGACUCAAUUGUAUCUCCUGCCAAAUUCGUAUGUUGAAGCCCUGACCCCUAAUGUGACCGUGUUUGGAGCUUUAUAAAUAAAGAGGUAAUUAAGGUUAAAUGAAGUCAUAAGGGUGGGGGCCCUAAUCCAGUAAAACUGGUGUCCUUAUAAGAAGAGGAAGAGACAUCAGGAUGCAAGUACACAGAGGAAAAACCAUGUAAGGAGACAGUGAGAAGGCAGGUCAUCUGCAAGCCGAGGAGAGAGACCUCAAGAGAACCCAAACUUGAUGACACCUUGGACUUUCAGCCUCCAGAACUGCGAGAAAAUAAAUGACUGUUGUUUAAGCCACCCAGUUGGCAGUACUUUGUUAUGGCAACCCUAGCAGAGUAAUACAAGUGGUAGGUAUACAAUAAAUUUGGUCUAAUAUAUA